AUGUUAGAACAAACAAUGCAAACUUUAACAAUGAGUAGAGUUAUAUUAGCUAGUGGAUCUCCCAGACGAUAUGAAUUAAUAAAAUCAUUGGGUAUAAAUGUAGAAGUUGUACCUUCCACAUAUGAUGAAAACUUGGAUAGGUCAAAAUAUAAAAAUAUUGGAGAAUAUGUGCAAGACCUAGCAAAAUAUAAAGUACAAGAAGUAUAUGAGAGAUUAAAAGGUGAUGCUGUGCCACCUUCUUUAAUAAUUGGUGCAGAUACUAUGGUGGCACUAGGUGAUACCAUGUAUGGUAAACCAAAAAAUAACUCACAUGCAUUUGAAAUACUUUCAAGCUUAGCAAAUAAAGAGCACACAGUUUAUACAGGAGUAUGUUUAAAGACACCAGAAAGAGAAGUGAAGUUCUAUGAAUCUACAAUAGUGAAAUUUGGUGACAUAUCAAAGGAACAAAUACAGGCGUAUGUCAAAUCUGGGGAACCUCUAGAUAAAGCUGGAGCAUAUGGUAUACAAGGUGUUGGUGGGUGUUUAGUUGAAAAAGUAUAUGGUGAUUUCUAUACAGUAAUGGGCAUGCCAUUAUAUUCAUUGGCAAAACAAUUGAACAAAAUUUUCUGUAAUAAUUAA